UGAACGAGGUAAUAGAAUUUCUGUAUUACACAAAUUGAGAUGACCACAGUCUGUUGGUGCUUGGGUGUUGCAUGCUGAUAAAAAUAAUUGGUCAAAAUCAUACACACCGCACACUGUAACUACACUGGAAGGUGUGUGAGUGUCUUUGAGAUGAUUUCAUGACAUCUUAUACAUGGCCGGCCUUUCAUAUUCAAAGGAAUAGGUUUCAACAAAUGCCUUUUAUGCGUUUUCCAGGUCUGGCAGGAUGAAAAGAGGCGGCUCACGCAAACGGUAGUGUCGUGUGGAGGAGCAGCAAAAGUAGCAGGCGACAGCCGCGCUGAUUCUCCUGGCUAUAGUGCCAAGUAUGGCGUUUAUUCAAUGCUUGAGACAAACCUGAAUCGCAUCAUUCAUAUCGAGCUUGUGCAGUGCAACGAGGUAUCCUCAAGCACACACAUGGAGCUUGAGGGUCUGAAGAGGGCUCUCACCUCCCUUGAUGAAAGCGGUGUCAAUGUCACUGAAGCGGUGACGGACCGGCAUCCACAAGUGCGCAGGUACUUCAAGUCUGAGAGGCCUGAGGUGGACCACCUGUUUGAUGCAUGGCACGUCUGCAAAGGGCUAAACAAGAAGCUUUUGCAGGCUGCGAAAUCCACAGGAUGCGUUGCCAUUGGCCUGUGGACGCGUUCAAUUGUCAACCACCUAUACUUUUCAGUGCAGUGUGGGAAUGGCAAUAGCGACCUUGCCGUGGCUGUGUGGGAUGUCUGUAAUGAACCAUGUGCAAGAUAAACACCACGGCCACAGCCUGCUUUAUGACAGAUGCCAGCAUGGCGAACCUUGAGCCACGGAAGUGGAUCUUUCCAGGUACCCAUGCUUAUGACAAGCUCUCCAGCCUAUUGACAAACAAGAGGCUUCUGAAUGAUAUCCGCCAAAUGUCGCCACACAUGCAGACAUUUAGCGUGGAAUCUUUUCAUGCAAUAAUCAAUCGCCUCGCCC